CCGGGCGCGACGGGACGCGUAGGGACCGGCGUCGGGGGUCGCGGGCGCGGCCCGGGGCGGGGGCGGGGGCGGCAUGGAGCGGAGGUGGGUCUUCGUGCUGCUCGACGUGCUGUGCGUGCUGGUCGCCUCUCUGCCUUUUGCCAUCCUGACGCUUGUGAGCGCCCCGUAUAAGCGAGGGUUCUACUGUGGAGAUGACUCCAUCCAGUACCCCUACCGUCCAGACACCAUCACACAUGGGCUCAUGGCUGGGGUCACCAUCACGGCCACCGUCAUCCUUGUCUCAGCCGGGGAGGCCUACCUGGUGUACACGGACCGCCUGCAUUCCCGCUCCGACUUCAACACCUACGUGGCAGCCAUCUACAAGGUGCUGGGCACCUUCCUGUUCGGGGCCGCCGUGAGUCAGUCGCUGACGGACCUGGCCAAGUACACGGUUGGCCGCCUGCGGCCCAACUUCCUGGCCGUGUGUGACCCUGACUGGAGCCGUGUGAACUGCUCCGUGUACGUGCAGGCGGAGAGGGUGUGCAGGGGGAGCCCCGCCAACGUCACUGAGUCCAGGCUGUCUUUCUAUUCCGGACACUCCUCCUUCGGGAUGUACUGCAUGUUGUUCCUGGCGCUCUACGUGCAGGCCCGGCUCUGCUGGAAGUGGGCGCGGCUGCUGCGGCCCACGGUGCAGUUCUUCCUGCUGGCGUUUGCUCUCUACGUCGGCUACACCCGCGUGUCUGACCACAAGCACCACUGGAGUGAUGUCCUCGUUGGCCUCCUGCAGGGGGCACUGGUGGCCGGCCUCACUGUUCGCUACGUCUCUGACUUCUUCAAGUCCCGGCCCCCACAGCGCUGCCUGGAGGAAGAGGAGCUGGGACGGAAGCCCAGCCUGUCCCUGACGCUGACCCUGGGUGAAGCUGGCCGCAACCACUGUGGGUACCCGGUCUCCUCUUCCUGAGGCGGGGCCCCCGGCUGUGGGUCCAGUGGGUAUCAGGCUGUGUUCGGGGCCCUGGCCGGGCUCUCCCCUGAGGUGGGGAGGGGGGCUCUGGACCAGCUCCAGGGGCCCUGUGCUGGUGGCCGGCGGGCCACCCACCAACCCCACCUCCUGUGUGCUGGACCCACGGUCUGGGGGUGCACAGGGUGGCCCCGGCGUCGGGAAGGGGGACCCUGUGCUCUCAGCUCCCUUCGAAACCCUUUUCUUGGAGGAGAGGGGAACCGAGAGUCCCAGAUAGAUGCUGAUUUUGUAAAGUGUAACAUAUGUGUGGACUUUUAGUAAAAGAGAG